AUGAAUGGGAUCCGCAGAAUUCAGGCCAGAGGAGGCGAGAGGCGCAAAGGCCCCAGCCCGGCGCCUCCUGGCACCUUCAGAGACCCAGGAGCCAAAAGAGGCGAAGAUGGGUCUGCUCUGCCGCUGCCGCCGCCGCUGCCGCUCCCUGCCGUCCCCUUGGUCCCUGAGUUCCCCUGGAUGACAGAGAGAAGAACCUGCCAAGAAACGCGCAGCCAAUCCGCCUCGUUGUUCUUCUCCAGCCGCCUCCAAGCCUCCCUGGCCUCCCGGGGUCGGAUCACUGCCAGUGCAGAUGGUCCGGGGAUCGCUGAGGCUGGUAAAGCGGGCGCAGGUCUGCGCACUGCUUUAAUACCCAACACGCAACUGCUGGAGCUGGAGGCUGAAUUCCACUUUGUCAAGCAUUUGUGCUGGUGGUGCCGGAGAUCACAGCCUGGCCUUGCUGACCUCACUGAGAGGCAGGUCAAGGCAGUGUGGUUCCAGAACUGGUUAGCCAUUGGGUAAGCGGCAGACGUGCACCAAGGCGAGCUGGCCCGACGGGGAGCUGGCUCCUGCCCAGGAGGCCCUGGAGGAUGUGCUGGCGAGCCAGCUGACGAGCCCGCCCGCGGCCAGCCCUGGCCGCCCUCCGCCUUCCGGCUGGCGCGGGAAGCCUGCUGUCACGAGGUCGCGCUGGCCCCUCCCAAGCGCCCAGGGCCCCAGCCUUUGACCACCACGUGCGGUAGUUUGCGCGCGGCUGCCAUUGAGCCUGAGCUGCCCGGAAGACGCCUUCCCGAUGGGCAGGAUUCGGCCUUUCUUCCCGCCUGAUCUCAACUCUUCGCGGCUGACUCCUGUGUCCAGCUGUCCGAGGGCCUCCGUCCCCCCAGCCACCUGCAGGGCCUGCCUGACAGCCCACUUUCUUUCCUGAGGAAGAGCCUGGAUUUCUUCUACCAGCACUCCUCCUCAGCUAGGGAUCUGCAGUUCCCUAACUUGUUUCUCCUCCUCCGGCCGCUUGGACUUCUGUCCCCUCGCUGUCCUGUCUGCUGA